AUGACCAACGUCACAGCAGUGUCUGUCUUCAUCCUCCUGGGCUUCUCGGCAGUCCCCGAGUCACGGCUCCUCAGCAUGGCCGCCUUCCUCCUCAUUUACGUUGCCGCCGUGCUGGGGAACGUGUGCGUUGUGGCAGCCAUCACACUGGACGCCCGCCUGCACACCCCCAUGUACUUCUUCCUCAAACACCUCUCCCUGGUGGACAUCUGCUCCAUGUCCACCACUCUGCCCCGGGCCAUCAUGGCCACCUUCCUGGGCUCUGGGGAGAUUUCACUCCCUGCCUGUGCAUCUCAGCUUUUUGCCUUUGUCUGCCUGGGUGCCACUGAGGGCUUCCUCACCACCUCCAUGGCUUAUGACCGCUGCCUGGCCAUCUACAGGCCUCUGGUCUAUGGGGCAGCCAUGAGCCCCCAGACCUGCGUCUCCCUGGUGGCAGUGGCCUGGGGCAGUGGGCUCCUCUUCUCUGCCUUCCACACAGCCAACACCUUCUCCCUGCCCUUCUGUGGCCCCAACGUGAUCGACCACUUCUUCUGCGACAUCCCCCCUCUCCUGCGCCUGGCCUGUGACAGAGCGGAGGCCCACGAGGCUGCCGGGUUCGCGGUCAGCGGCUGCGUCAUCAUGAGUUGCUUCGCCCUGACCACCCUCUCCUACGUCCGCAUCUUGGCCACCGUGCUCCAGAUCCGCUCGGCAGCUGGCCGCAGGAAGGCUUUCUCCACCUGCUCAUCCCACCUGGCCACCGUGCUCCUGUUUUAUGGCACGGGCAGCUCUGCCUACAUGCGGCCCAUCGCCCGCUACUCGCCGCUGCAAGGACGCCUGGCGGCGCUCUUCUACUCCAUCCUCACGCCCAGUCUGAACCCCCUCAUCUACAGCCUGCGGAACCAGGACAUGAAGGCCGCCCUGCGGAAGCUGUAUUUCCAGGUGUCAUCCUAG